AUGGCUCCUCCUGAAGGGUCUCCAGCGGUGGUCGCUCCUGUUGCGGGUCAGCAUGGCAAGAAGCCAACGGAGGUCCGUCCUGAGCCUGUCACCCCGAAAACGCUAUUCAAUGGCGCGACGGCUUCGCGUGUUGACGACGCCAUCAACACACUGACAGCGCGGACGUCGGCGUUGCGUAUCAACGAUCUGCAAGAGGAGAGCGGAAAAUCAGGCAACCACAAGGAGGAAGGCAAGGUGUCGGCUGCUCCGCCUGCAAGCUCAAGCGCGUUGCCAAAAGUAAAGGCUAAGGUCCAGGAGGAGGACGAGGACUGCGGCUACAUGAGCGACGAUCCGGACGAGUGUCAGGACCCGGUUGUGCUGAAUGACAUCGCUGCUCAGGCAGGAGUUGCCAUCACGCUGCUGGUUCCCUUCGCCUGGAGUAAGAAGAUUCCGCGCAUCAUUGGUACGAUCCACCACUUGCUGAGGAUGUGGGGGAAGCACAUGUCGGAGAAUGCAAGCACGACGACAAGAUGUCAGCAGCUCACGGCUACCUUCCUCUCAAAGCAACAUUUCGGUCGGGUUAAGGUGGUCUUCCUGCAGGAAGCUUACGCCAAGUUCAUGCGCAGCAGAGAGAUCGAACAUUACACGGUGAAUGAGAAGAAGUUAACGCUCGGCUGGCUUCAUCCGGAAAAUCAGGAGUACCUGAGAGAGCGUGCGGCUCACCCUGAGGCGAUUGAAGAGCUGCUAAAAGGGGUCCCGGCGGUGACCUCACCGGCGAUGAUCAAUGAAAACUUGGUGACUGCGGUACUGUUGAAGAAGGGUCGAACGGCUUUCUUGGACGGGACGGCGUUUCACCGUGUGCAGGAUCCGCCGCAGAUUCCCCGUCUCACCUCUGUACCAUCUCCCAUCCGAGCAGCUGCUUCUAUGAAGCUUAUUCCGGCGAUGAAGACUCUGCUAGCAGACCUGGCGAUCGCUUUCGUCUCCACAGGUGGUGUUCGGGAGGAGUGGCUGUGCGCACAGGAGGAGUGCCGGAAGACCCAUGGUACCAGUUUCGAAAAGGCGCUCGAACAUGUGCAGUCAGUUCUAUUGGUUUAA